AUGUUGAACCAAUUCCUCACUCGUACGAAGGGUUGUUGUCAAUCCACUGUGAGUAGCAUGAUGACCACACCUUGGUGGUGUUGGUCAUGGUUGCACACGGCAUCAUCCCAACCUUCCAAAUUCUGUUCUUCAAAUUCAUCGGGGAUUACCAUCAGAGGUACGAUUUCUUCCAUUCAUCAACAUCAGGAUCAUCAUCAUGAAUUUGGUCAUUAUUCCUACAGCACCAACUUGAUUUCGAGAAGGGAAAAGACAAAAAAACACUUUUUUAAUAGUGGAGGUGGUAUUCGGAGUCAGAAUCCUUAUGAAACUGAGACCCUCAAAAAAGGCUAUGAUGGAGUGGAGAUGAAUUUGGGUUCCAAUGUUUCAAUCGUGAAUAAAAAGUCUGGAUAUUUAGAUCGGAAAGAAAAGAAACACCUCUCACAAAGUGCUUCAAGAGAUUCCAAUAUGAAUAGGAGAAGAAAUUCUUCAAAACACCAUGAUGAGGACGAUUAUGAUCCAUUCAAGCCUAAAGAGAAGAAGUCCUAUGCGACUAAAGGUCCUCUCCUUCCUGUCCGAAACAAGUACAUUACCAAUUCGAUGGAACAGGAAUUUAACGAGAAGACUCAGAACCAACAAAUUCAAGCUCCUAAUUUCUAUGCCAAUCCAACAGGAUCGGAACAAGCAGUGAAAACCACAAGGGAAAAUGUUAAGAAAUUCAUUGAGGAAUAUAAAAAGUCAAGGCAACAUCAUCAAUCUCAUACCCAUCAUAAGGAAGAGCAUGCAACAAGAAAGCAUGUGUCUUCUUCUUUCAAGCAUGGACAUCAGGAUGUUCGUGAGGAAGUGACAAAGACACCACUCCAUGAUCGGAACAUUCGAGAAAGAACAACCAAUUUAGAAGCACCCUUUUCUUCUUUAUUGAAUAAGAACGAAAGUGAUAUUGAUUUGACAAUGAUCAAGGAUCUUGAUGCAAGUGUGGAUAUUGAAUCAUUGGUAUCAAAAGAGAGAGUCCAAUAUAUUGAGCAGCUACUUGAACAGACAGAAAAGCCUGAUUUUGAUAAAACAGCUCCAAAGUUGAGUGAUGAGGAAAAUAGUAAUAGACUUGCCCAUAUAUAUUUUACUACCAUUGCAGAAUAUAUUGAAGAAUGCUUACUUGAAAAGUUGGAACAUCAAGACAAGAUGACCGAUGAAGAAUAUAAUCGAUAUCUCAGUUUAGAGAGGCCGUACAUUACAAGUGUGAACAUUUCACCAGAUUAUCGAACUGUGACACUCAAUUAUAAAUUAUUGGUGCGAGAAGAAAUAGAUGAAAUGAAUGAAGAGGCCUAUGAAAGAGAUCGUCAAAUUCUUGAGAAAGUUUUUAAUGAAGAAAUUGCAGCACAGGCCGUUAAAAAGUUCAUCCAUUAUCAAAAAGAUAUAUUGAACGAUUAUGAAUAUCCUCAACACAUGAAAUUACAUUAUAAGGGAAUUAGGAUGCACGUUCCAACCCUCUUUGACGAAAAACCACUUCCUGCAGAACCAGGAAAGCGAAGACAACACAUUAAUCCAUAUGCAGACAUGCCUCAUUUCACAAAACAACCAUUUUCAGGAGAGAAGCUUUUUGCAAAACUCGAGGAACUUGGUAUUUCCAUUCCAGAAUAG